AUGACUGGAAGUGGGUUGACUGUCGUGGUCACAUUCAACGGAGAAUCCAGGCAGCAAUCCCGGUCAUUCGUAAUCCUCGGAUCUUCCAGAUGUUUCACUUCGAUGCCUCCCUCGUUUAUGCAGAAGGGCGAAGAAGAGUUCACGAUGUUUGAUAUGACAGUUCCGGUGUGGUUCUUGAAGCGAUUCUUCUCGAAAAGAUACGAACUGGGCGUGAAGGUUCAGCAAGAUGUCCUUGGCUACGUGUCCCGCGAGACUGUGCAGAGGUUCGAAGAUGUGGAGGCAGGGCGGUACAGUGUGGAUCCGGAAGAUCCGCACGAUUUGGUGGACUUUUUCAUCGCCAGGAAACAAGUGGAAGAUGAGAAAGGGGGACAUCCUGCGUACACUCUCAACUCGUUGAAACAUGUACUGGCUGAUCUUUGGCUGGCCGGACAGGACACUACCUCCACUACUCUUGUGAAUGGCUUCAAUCAACUGGUGAACAAUCCGCAUGUCAUUCGGAAAGUUCGAGAAGAGGUCUUGAGAGUUACGGACAACGGAUCCCGUCCUUUGACGCUACAGGACCGCGCUGAAACUCACUAUUUGAAUGCGACACUGGCAGAAAUUCAAAGGCACUCUUCCAUUCUCAAUGUGAACUUCUGGCGCAUCAACCAUGAGCCAACCACUGUCAGGGAUAUCCAGUGGAUUCAGGAGCACUAA